AUGGCCGAGUUAAAUUUGGGGAAGGGGCUGACUGCGGGGAAAGUGGCCAGCAACGUACAGAAAAAGCUCACCAGAGCCCAAGAAAAGGUUCUUCAGAAGCUUGGCAAAGCAGAUGAGACCAAAGACGUUGCCUUCGAGGAGGGAGUUAUCAACUUCAACAAACAAUAUACUGAAGGCAGCAAACUGCAGAGGGACCUAAGGGCAUACCUAGAGGCUGUUAAAGCCAUGCACGAGUCCUCCAAGAACGUGCAGGCGUGUCUGGCUGACAUGUAUGAGCCAGAAUGGUACGGCAAGAACGAAGUGGAUUCCAUUGUGGAGGACUGUGAUGUCCUGUGGACUGACUACCACCAGAAGUUGGUCGAUCAUGCUCUCAUCUCCAUGGAUACCUACUUAGGCCAAUUCCCUGAUAUCAAGUCUCGUAUAGCGAAGAGAGACAGAAAGCUGGUUGAUUUCGACAGUGCCAGGCACAACUAUGCCACUACGCACAAGUCCAAGAAAAAGGAUGGGGGCAUUAAAAUCACCAAGCCCUCCUCUUUGUUGGAGAGGGCUACCCCAGGUUGGGCUCAGGGUAUCUUGUCGGCACACAAUGUUGCCCAGAGCAGCCUGUCCAGGAGCCAGGCCGAGGAGGAGUUAGAGAGAGCCCAGAAGGUGUUUGAAGAGAUUAAUAUUGACCUACAAGAAGAAUUACCUUCACUCUGGAACAGUCGUGUUGGGUUCUAUGUCAGCACCUUUCAGAGUUUGGCCGGUUUCGAGGAGAAGUUUCACAAGGAAAUGGGUCGGUUGGAUCAGGAUUUGUAUGAUGUCUUGGUGGUAUUGGAUGGAUCAGAGACCAGCAGUGUCAAAGAAGCAACUAACCACACUCUCAGGCCAGCCGGACCACCCCCAAUCCCCAAAUCUCCAUCCAAGCUUAAGCCAGCAAUGCCUCCUCCACCUAAGGUGACCCCAUCUAAGGAGCUGAAAACAGAGAACAUCAUCAACCUGUUUGAUGCUGCGGCUGCUCCUGAUAUCAGCGUUACCUCUCCUACAGAGUUUGACAGUCCUGCAGUGAGCAGCCUAUUGGACAUGGACCUGGACUCUUUCAGUGCACCAACCAAAGCCUCCACGGUCACACAGCCUGCAAACUGGGACUCAUGGAAUGAGGACAGUGGUGCCCAGGAAGAGGACACCGAGCCGCACUAUGACCCUGUGGCUGCUUCUACAGAGGCCUGGGGGGAUGAUGGUUCGCAGCCUGUUCACUAUGACCCCAUAGCAGCUGCCCACGAGGGCUGGGGGGAUGACGGAACCAAGCCAGUUCGCUAUGACCCUGUGGCUGCGGCCCAGGAGGAUUGGGGAAAUGAUGAGAGCCAGCCAGCUGUUUGCGACACUGUGGCUGAAGCCCAGGAGGGCUGGGGCGACGAUGGGAGCCAGCCGGUCACAGAGGUGCCCACCGCAGAGGAUGAAACACCUGCAGCUGAGACUCCAGCUGACGCCACUGAGGAAGAAGAUGCUCCCAUAGCUGCUGCUGCGACAUUGGAUAAUGAAGAGGGUCAGGGUGAGACUGCAGCAGCUCCCGAAGCAGCUCCUGCAGAAACAGAGCAGGAACCAGUGACAGAGGAAACACCUGCAGUAGCAGCAGAAUCAACAGAAGUAGCAGCGGAGCCUGCAGACAUGCCCCCUGGCUUCCUGUUCAAGGUCCAGGUGAUGCAUGAUUACGCUGCCAAUGACACAGACGAAUUGGAAAUGAAGGCUGGAGAUGUGGUGCUAGUCAUCACCUUUGACAACCCUGACGAACAGGAUGAUGGUUGGCUGAUGGGAAUGAAGCAGGAUGACUGGAAGCAGAACAAAGAAAAUUGUGUUAAAGGAGUAUUUCCCGAAAACUUCACCCAGAGGCUGUAA